ACAAAAAAGUUUAACCACUUCGCGGACCUCCGGAUCAUGGCGGCCGGCUUAGGCCUGACAGCUGCGGCGGGGUGUGUGUCUGUAUACCGGGCGGGUUGUGUAGAGAAAUCAGUGCUGUGUGUGAGAGGAGAGGUUUAGGUUUGUAUUUUAAUGGUUAAAUCGAGUCUCCGCGGUGUGUGAGACUCUCGAGGCGGCGCGAUCAGAUUGUUUUCUCCCUGCCACUGCGAGUGUCUCCCCCCGCCGUGCUGAGCGCAGUGGUUCAGUCCGGCUCGCCUGCGUUUGUCCCGGGAUGACCUGUUGAUGUCUGUACAAUAAGACAAGGUGCGGUGGAACGGUACAGCUCACAAAUCCGAGAUAAAAUGUGAACAAGUUUAAAUGUUGGUUUUCUACGGUAAAAGAGGUGUUAGGUAACGUGCCAGAUACGGAUUUACAUCGGAUUUUUCCGUCGUCGGGAACUGAAGCGCGUGGCCGUACUCAGAUUUGUGGCACGCUGAAGCUGUGCAGGCCUCCGGACUCCGCGCGCGCCACAGGACCCGUGCUGCAGUGGCACACGCUCACGCGCGCACACACAUCGGGCACAGCAGCACGCGCAUGCUGAGCUCCGCCGCUUUACCGCGUUUAUUCUGUGUGACUCUUAAAUCGUGUGUUUUGGCGUCGCCGCGCGCCCACGUACCGAGCUCGCGCGCGCACACAACACCGACUGCCUGCCUGGCACACCGCGGGCACGGCCGGCCUGAGAACCGGAGCUCCAGCCCGAUCAGCGCGAGGCCUGAGGUCUGACUCAUUUACUGAUUUCUACAGGUUACACACAAUCCGGUUCCGGUUACACUUCUGAUCACGUGCACACCGAACCGCAUCACUGACUUAGUCAGUGUGUUAGUGCUUUAAUUUCCGUGGUGGUGCCGGCCGUAGCGCCAUGGCUCAGACCCUUCAGAUGGCGAUCCCCAACUUUGGCAAUAAUGUACUGGAGUGUCUGAAUGAGCAGCGGCUGCAGGGCCUGUACUGUGACGUGUCCGUGGUGGUGAAAGGCCAUGCCUUCAAGGCGCACCGGGCCGUCCUGGCAGCUAGCAGCGCGUACUUCCGCGACCUCUUCAACAGCGGCGCCGGCAGCAAGGCUCCGGCUGUAGUGGAACUGCCGCCUGCCGUACAGCCUCAGAGCUUCCAGCAGAUCCUGUCCUUCUGUUACACGGGCCGCCUCAGCAUGAACGUAGGAGAUCAGUUCCUCCUCAUGUACACUGCUGGCUUCCUGCAGAUCCAGCAGAUCAUGGAGAAGGGCACAGAGUUCUUCCUGAAGGUCAGCUCGCCAAGCUGCGACUCGCAGGGCCUGCACGUCGAGGAGACGCCACCGUCCGAACCUCAAAGUCCCGUUACUCAGACGUCCGUCAGCGUCUCGGCCAAUGGGAGUGGGGGAGGAGGGGUGGCGGUCACGGCCACAGCCACCAGUCGCCCCGCCUCCUGCCUCACCCCGCUGCCUCUGGUGUCCCGGGUGAAGGCGGAGCAGCCCGAGGUGUCGCCCUACUCUGUGGUCUGCACUCCAGUGGCGAAGCGUCUUUGGGAGGGCGGGAGUCGGGACAGCACCGGAGCGUCCGGAGGAUCUGGUGGCCGCAAAGCGGCACGUUUUUCUCAAGAAAUGGCGCGGACUAGCGCGAUCCAGCCACAGGGACUGGCUGUAGGUUUGGCUGUGGCACCUGGAGGCCACACUGCUAAUGCUAAUGGCAGUGGGAAUGGAUCCAGCAGCAGCGCCACACCCGAGGGCACCAGCCCCGGUACCGUGAGCGCCUAUGCCAGCGACUCGCCCAUCUCUUAUCACGACGACGAGGAGGAGGAGGAGGCGGCAGAGGACGGCGCCGAGGAACAGUACCGGCAGAUCUGCAACAUGUACACCAUGUACAGCAUGCUCAACAUGGGUGCCACAGCGGGCGAGCGAGUAGAGGCUCUGCCGGACCACUCGGAGACUCGGAGUCGGAUGCGUGGGCGUCAGGACCUGGCGUCUCUCCCUGCAGAGCUCAUCGCUCAGAUCGGAAAUCGCUGCCACCCCAAACUGUACGAGGAGGGCGACCCAGCCGAGAAACUGGAGCUGGUCACAGGAACUGGUGUCUUCAUCUCCAGAGCUCAGCUGAUGAACUGUCAUGUCAGUGCAGGAACCCGACACAAAGUCCUGCUGAGGAGACUGCUGGCUGCAUUCUUUGACAGGAGCACUCUAGCGAACAGCUGUGGGACGGGGAUUCGCUCCUCCACUAAUGACCCGAGUCGUAAACCGCUGGACAGUCGCGUCCUCCAUGCUGUUAAAUAUUACUGCCAGAACUUUGCGACGAGCUUUAAGGAGAGUGAGAUGAACGCCAUUGCGGCGGACAUGUGCACUAACGCUCGGCGUGUGGUGAGGAAGAGCUGGAUCCCUAAACUGAAGCUGCUGAUGGCCGAGAGCGAUGCUUACGCAGGCUUCCUCCCCGACGCCGUCAAGAUGGAGGCCGAGGCUCUAGGAGCCGACUCCGCCUUCGAGGCGGCCGAUCUAGAGGGCGGAGCAUCUCUGGAGACCACCCCCUCAUCUGGUGAAUCACUGCAGGGCGUGGCUGGAGAUGCCAGCACUCUGUUCCAGUGAGUGGGCCUAAAUGAAGAAGCCCCGCCCCCUGACCAAUGGCCUCGUCUCCGCCCUGCAGCCCGUCUACGUGACUACGCGUAGGUGCGGUUUAACAGAGACGCCUUUUCUUUGUUUAUUUUUUUUAUUUUUCCCCCAAAUAACCCAUUUUUUGCACAGAAGCUCCUCCUUUACUUCACGCUUUAUAAAUCUGUAUAUCAUGAGACACUGAUCUCUUUUGUAGUUUGCCUUCAUAUCUUAUGUACACACACACACACACACACACACACACCCCCCCAUCAACACUGUAGUCGAUUAGAUGAAUGUAAAUGUCUGCAGCACCACACACUGGUGUUGAGACUGACCGAUUGUAUUUAGGCCGAGAGAGUCAUAGUCACUGUAGAGAGACAGACAGACAGAGGUGUAGGUGGUUCCUUUGUCUCCAAUUUGGAAAGAAUUUAUUUCCUCCUCCACUUUUUCUCUAAAUUUCUGAGAUUGAAUGCAGAAAAAAGAAUUCUGUCCUUUGUUUCUCUCUCUCUCUCUCUCUCUCUCUCUAACACACACACACACCUGUGUUUUAUUUGUCCUUUGUGUGUGUGUGUAGCUCCUGAGCUGUAGAGAGACAAACAAGUUUUUUUUUCAAGCAUAUUUAGCUUUUUUAUUAUUUUAUUGUCUUUAUUGGCGUGUAAGAUGGAGCGAUUGUUUAACUUUACGUGUGGUUUUUUUUCCACAAGUGUUGAAGUCGUGCUUUGCUGUAGGACGUGAAGAGAGAAAUUAUUUUUACAUACUGAUGUCUUUUACAAAGACCGGUGCUCGUACCUGAUUGGCUGUGAGAAAUUGCUCCUCUGGUGGCUCUGCUUAAUCUAAUAGACUGAUUCAGUUUCUGGCUCGCCCGGUGUUUGUCUUUAACACACCCUUGUCCACUUCCCCUAAUGCCUCUGACUCACACACCACUACCACACACUGCGAUUUCACUGCAGCUCUAAUGUUGUGUGUUGCGAUGUGUGUGAGGUUUCUCUCCUUUACACAGUGUACUCAGUCAUCUGUUUGAUUCACUCUGAAUCACUUUGAAUCAAAACUCUUGAAGCUAAAUUUAAUAUCAGGAAGUGAAAUGUUAGACUGUAAAAGAUCUAACUCUAAUGAAUUAUGACAAGGAGGUGGGGUUACGUGCAUGUCAGUCAUGUUUCCUAUAGUUUACGAAGCUCCGCCUUCUCACACUUCCAAAUAGCUAAUCUGAUAAGCUUUGUGGGUGUGGCUUUGGGUAAAUCUCUGACGCUUCACUUAGCUCCCACCUAAACCACUGAUUGCACCUUUUAUUAUUUUAUUAAUGUUUAACAAAUAUAAUUAAUUUAAUUGUUCUGCUCCCAUGUCAAAAAAGUUUUAGUAAAAUGUUAUAUUCUGCCUUCACUCACAAACUCCACCUAAAGGGAAGUGUACAGGGGCGUGAUGAAGACACUGGAGCACAGGGUGUGUGUGUGUGUGUGUGUGUGUCUGUAUGUGAAUGUGUGUGAAUGUGACCCUGUUUGGCCUCUCUGUGGUCUCCUAUCCUUGUGUACAUAAACACACACACACACAAGGUUUGGUCUGGGGGAGGGGAAGGCCAUGCUUUCUAUUGUUAUGAUCACCCUGCUGUCUUAAAGACAAGGUGAUUUUGUGUGUGUGUGUGUGUGUGUGUGUGUGUGAGAGGGAGAGAGUUGGGGGUUUACAGUGUCUGUGUCCCAGAAGACAGAUAGGUGUGUAUGUGAUUGAGCUGCUCUGUAUAUCCCUGUUUGGCCAGCUGUGUGUGUCUGUGUGUGUGUGUCUGUGUGUGUGUGUGUGCAUGCACAUUCCUUGCACAUAGUUGGCUCUGUGUGCUUGCAUGUGGGUGACGCCUGAUUGAGAUUUAAGGUGUGUUUGUUUCUCCUGGUGUGUGUGUGUGUGUGUGUGUGUGUGUGUGUGUGUGUGUGUGUGGGGCACUGGGCAGGGCUUUUUGGAAGCGUUACAUUUGAAAGCUUUCUGACUUUGCAUAGCAGUGAUGUCUGAAAUUUCCAUCAGGAGUUGCAGCGCCUCGUCACGUGUCCAGCUUCACUUUAUUUUCUAAUUAACAGCUCUUCUGUAACCAGAUGUUUCUCAUGUAACCAGAUGUUUCUGUAACAAAAUGAAUGGAGUUUCGAGUGUCGGCACUUUGUAACGGUCAAAUUCAAAUUUUAUUGGUCACAUACACAAUCAUUUACGGUACGACUGUUGGAUUUAUUAAAAUAAGGACCAAAUAGGAGGGAUUUUAAAAAUAUAUAAUAGGAUACAAUUAUAAAUAAAUAAAAUAAGAUAAAAAUAAAACUGAAACAGCUGUGUGAAGUUUAGUAGCAAAUGAUAUAAAGUGGUGUGAGCUGUAGCUGAAGUGAAGCUGAACUUUCCACAGAUCUUCAGGACAGAGACUUUACACUCCUUUAGUUUCUCAGCAGAAGAUUACAGCUGCUGAAACAUAACCGUGAACAAGAACCCUGUUUCACUAAAACUUCUUUAAUGAACUAUACACAGAUUUCAAAAAGUAUGAUGUUCAUUAAUAAAUUAGAAAUGAUCAUUUGUUGUGCGUAUAAUUACGGUGGUUUAAGAGGAAGGACACGCUUAGGACCAUGAAAAUGAUCCACUUCAGCUUACAGUAAUAAAAAAAUAAUCCACAUUUUGGCUUUAAUACUGAUGAAAUGAUCCAAAAGGUGAAAAGCUUUACCAGUCAGAAAUGAGAGGGCGUGGCUGCAGCUCUGUGCUUCGGCUCAGUUUAACAAAAGAAUCUGCAAACAUGCGGCAGGGUCAGUCACUUCCUGCAGUGACCCUUCCUCUGAAAAACUAGAGGAGAUUUAGUACAUGAGGUCUUUUAUUUAUUUUAUACAUAUAUAUAUAUAUGUAUAUGUAUGUACUGAAAUAUAAUUAAACAUGAAAUUUAAAUGUAAAAAAAACAUCAAUUCACUUUUCCUGACUGAUAAAAACAAAAGUUUUAAAAGAAGUGAUUAAAAAAGCAAUCAUUAUGAAGCGGCACAAAAAAGUGGAUACGGUCAGAGAAAUGAGUUAUAAACUCUGAGGAGACUGGGCUGCCAGUACUAUUACAUGGUCAGUAAACUGAUCAGAGAUUGAAUAAGUGACCAGUAAUUAUUCAUUAAUUAUUAAUUUACUUUGUGAUUUUCCAAAAAGUCCUUAUUGCUCAAAAUAAGUCUCCAAAAUACCUUUUAGUUGUGUGUGUGUGUGUGUUACAGAGGUAAGUGGAGCUUUGCACCUUCUUUUUGUAGACUGAACUUGUGCGGUUUGCACCUUCUUUUUGUAGGAGACUCUGGAGUUUGUGCACCUUGUCUAUUAGAAUUUGGGGAGAAGAGUGUGUGUGUGGGGGGGGGGGGGGUCUUGACCGUGGUGUAAAUAUUGAUGCGACUGUUGAACAGAUUUGUUUUGCUGUGGGUUUUUUGCCCCAGCUGAUUGAUGGAGCUCGUGGCUCUCCGCAGAUCUUCAGAGCUCUGAUGUAGAUGAACUUUCAUACUUGUUUUUUUUAGCGUUUCAUUUCUUCUGCGUCUCCGUUUAACUCGAGCUUCCCUGAACAAUAAUCCGAUUUUAGUCCUGAGAGUAAGACUGUACAGCAGGAAACCAGCUGCAUUCAGAUGUUUCUUUAAUAAGGUGUAGAGUAGCACAGCUGUUUUUGUUUGUUUGUUUGUUUUUGUUGUUUAGCAGUAAAGACGUGAUCUGUAACUAAUCUGCAGUGAGAGUGGAGUUGCCAAGUCUUUUUUUUGUAAGAAUAGGAAAAUCAGAAAUGAGCUGUUUGUGAUAAUUUUGAUAGUUUUGAGGAUCAGAGGCUUUUUCAGUUUCUUUGGCCUCCAUUUUGAUUCACGCGCGCGCGCACCCUGCUGUACAGUCUCGUGCACUACACAAAGUGGACUCCAGAGGGCGCUGUGCUCAAUUUAAUUCGUUCACAGAUGUUACACAGAGGAACACAAUUUAGACCUUGUUUACAUUAUUUUGAGAAAAAAAACGAUGUUCUUCAUUUAUUUUAGUUUUGUAAAGUUGCCUAAAGAGUGUGUUUUUAUAUGACAGAGGGACCAGAGUCGUGCUGAGCAGACGUGUCAUUUUAUUACUUUAUUGUUUUUACUGUCUGUUGAAGUCUCUGUGCCUAAAAAUGCACCUUUUAAUCGGGGAGGGGGGGGAAUUUAUUUUAUUGUAACGUUCUUGACCCAUGGCACCUUGAUGACGGCGUCUGCGAGGCCGGAGACUGAAAUGGUGUGAGAGUUUACUGACCCUUAAUCGUUGUAUUCUAAACCCCGCCCCUUUUUCCUUUAUUCAAAUCCAUUCUGGGCUGCUGUGCAUUCUGGAACAGCAACCGAGGACUGAGUGGUGUGUUCAUCAUAUCAAUCAGCACACACACACACACACACACACACACACACACACACUUCUGCAGUACCUCUUCUGUUCCCGUGUACCUCAGAAUCCUGCCUUUAACCAGUUUUCCUCAGCGUGCAGAGUGAUGAUGAAAGUCAGAGUGGUGAGCUCUACGUAACUGACAUUUUGUAAAAAAAUAUAUAUAUAUAAAAAAAAAAAAAGGUAAAUAUAAAAAAUAGGUAAAUGAAUCUCCGGGGUGAUGGAGGAGAGGAUUACAUGCACAGGUGCAGUGAGAUGUGGUGUUUUAGGGAUUGUGAUGAUUUACAUUCAUCUGCACACAAGCAGGAGUGUAAAACCUUUUUCUAAAAAAAAAAAAAUUGAUGCGUGUUCACUUUCUAUAACUACAAACCUGUACAAUAGAGAAUGAUCCAUACAUAUAAACAUACAGAAAUAUAUCUAUAUCUAUAUAAACAUCCUGUACAUUCUAUAGAAGCACUAAUGAGAUUUACUGAUUUGUUCGUCGUGCACUCACAGCAUGAGUUGUAACCCAGAAGCUGCUUCGAGUCCAGCGCAGCCGUGUCUGACCCCCCCCUGCCCCCCACCCUCACCACCCCACCGUGCCCACACAGUGUGUCCCUGUAAUGCCCGUGUCCCAUCAAGCCAUUCAGUCUGUGUUCAGAGUGCCAAUAACUUUGUGAAUCCCUAACUGUGACCCGAUAUUAUCAAAGUAUAAUUGCACAUUAACUACUGUAAAGAGGAAAAAAAAAAAGCAAAAUUGAAAGAAAACAUCUGGAUAUCUUAAUAAAAACGUUUGUAACAAA